AUGAGACGGGAGGCCACCUCAGCAGCCGCACAACACCUACAUCUGAGCCAGAUAGCAGGGCAACCAGCGGCUCAAGGAAGCGUGUACCAGUGGCUAUGCCGGAAACGCAAGAUCAAAUGCAGUGGCAACGAAGGCGACAGUCAAGCGUGUGCAAACUGUAAAAACUCGGGUCUGGAGGACGAGUGUCACUUUCUUCGAGUUUCCUCGGUAGAUCCUAGAGAUUAUAGUUUUCGAGGGUGGCAUGGACCUGCACGAUACUCACCAUACUCCCUUCCUACGCACCACCGUCUGAACUAUGUGUCAGUGCCGUCGAGAUGCAGUCCACCAAGCAAUCUACAAUAUCAUCCCGUCUCCAACGCCAUAGACUACAGCGGAUACACUAAUCAGAGCACAAGUGUUGAUUGGGGCAGAGCACAAUAUGUUGGACCGUACUCGCCGUACCCAGACGAGGAAGAAUCGAGUCCAUACAACGCACAACCGCCUCCCUACAUUCUCCCGAAUACGGAUCCAAUGUCUACCAACAACGCCUACUAUGUCCAUGGUCAGGGAGUCCGGCCUCAUCCUGGUUCACUUUGGCCCGACAACCAGCAAUAUAUACCCCAACCAAACCCUCAAGUAAAUAACACCGUUUAUACGAUGUCCAAUGAAGCUCCUCAUUCAUUCCAAACAAUCGGAGCCGGAGGAAACCCCCCAUCAGACCGUAUCUUGCCACAGCCAAUCAAUGCACGUAGCUACAUCCCAACACCAGCCAGCUCAGUGGAUCUCCCGAUUUCUGCUGUAAGCCAACGCAACCAAGGCUAUUGGAACGGUGGUGGUGCCACCUCUGUUCAGCAGAUUUCGGCCCAGGCAGAAUCAACCGGUGUUCAAGAGCAACACAAUGCCAGGGAGAACAUCUCCUACAGAGUUCAGGACAUGACAUACGGUCAAAUGAGCUUAGGUGAAGUACUGUCGGCGUCGUCCGUGGCAUCUGGCGAGCAGCUUGUCGUCAACGAAGCCCCAUCUACCGCAGCAACAACUGCAACAACAGAAGAUGGUCUCUCACAGCACUCAACGUUGGGUGCGGUCUCCCACCAAAGCCUGAAGUCCAUCGUUGAAGACCAUGCUGCAACAUACGGGUACAAAGGCUCUGUGAAUGGGCACAGCUCGCAGCCGACAAGAGCUUCCAGUCAAUCCUUUACCGGGGCAUUCUACGGGCGAGCCAUGGUUCCGCAGCAAGAGCCUGGCUCAGAUGGCUGCAGCCCAGACUGUUCCGGCUGCCAGACAAAUGAGUCGACUCGCACUUCCGUCACCUCGAUCAGCAACACCUCGUCGACAUACUGA